ACCGUCCAAAGUUUUGUCCCUUAGAUGAUUCAUGGCGGACAGGUGUCGCUGAAAAAUUUGUUUACUUCAAAGUUUUGAUUUUUCGAAAGUAAAACAAAAUAUGGAUAAUACUUUAUCUUUAGUACCAAUUUUGGUACUACUUUUAAUGACAAAUGAAGUGUUGAGUCUGAAAUGUUACCAGUGCAACUCGACGCUGGACCACAACUGUCAGGAGUAUUUCAACCACAACAACCCCUACAGUCCUUUAGAGGCAGAGGAGUGCACCAUGUACGACGCCAAGUACUGCAUCAAGGUCACAGGACUCUGGGGAGGUAUAGUUGGUACACACCGAUUCUGCAGCGCUCGUGACCUUGGUGACCAAUGCCAGGACAUGAGGUUCCCAGACCACAGCCGCAAGUACAGAGGCUGUAUCUUCACAUGUGGGGCAGACGGCUGUAAUGGGGCACCUGCCAGUCUCGCAUCAUUGACGACACUCGCAUAUACCAUAGUGUCCUCAUUUCUGGUGCUCGCGUUGCGGAGAUGAGCUGCACUGUUUUGUGAUCUGACUGUUUUUGAUAGAUGAAUAUAUACAUUCCUUAAAGACUGAUGACAUAUCAAGUUCUAUGCAAAAAAAAUCUUAAUUAGAAAUAGAUAAUGAAGGGAGUAUUAACAAUUAAAAAAAGCUUUGAUUAAGAUGAAAAAACUACACAAGUUAAAGUCGUAAUUGUACAUGUUUUUUUUAAAAGAAUUAAGUGUAUGUCAGCUUGCACAUGAAAACAGCCAGAUUGUCUUGGUCACUUAUGUUUGGGAGAUCAGUAUGUUACACAGGCCUUAAAUGUUCUAGUACAAUUUAGAGGAAUUAUGAGACGGUGACUGAUGUCAUCAUAUUUUAGUCAAGAAUGAAAAUAUAUUGAAGGCACAUAUCUAGAAAUACUUCCGGUAAUAAUGUUCCCAAUGAAUAAAUUAUAAAAUUAAAUUAAAGGUUUGCUGUCUAUUUUUUAAUUUCAUAGACACAAUAAAUGUACAUAGUGACACAGAAUGUAUUUCUGCUUAAUAGUUUAUUCAUUUUCAGGCAUAUUCAUUGAGUUAAGAACUCAUUGUUGUGUAUAUCUACAUUAUUCAUACAUUAUCUGUACAUUAAUAAUUCAUUAUCUUUGUCUUUUUGUAUAUACUUGUAAAUAUUUUUAUAUAUUUGUAUACAUUAAUCACAAAUGCAAUAUACAGGUUGUUGAUGUUAUGUUGUAGAAGGAGUAUUUCUUAUACAGUAAAACUGCGAUCAUACUUCAUUUUUAUGUUAAGAAAUCUCUUCGAUAUUGCUUACUUCAAACUAGAAUGUCUAAACAGCACAAUAAGAAUAUAAUUGUUUUGCUAUGACCUUUACCACUGUGUUUGACAGGUUGACAUAAUUUUACAGAACAAGCAAUUAGACUAUUUUAAUGAUACUGUGGCCUCCAAAAGUAUUUGAUCAGAGUUUGAAGUAUAUCCUAGAUGCCAUGUUAUACCAUAUUGCAAUAAUGACACACAGAAAUACCGUUGUCUUAAUGAUUUUGAAGUUCUGUGGUCAAGCAGAAAACUCUAAACAUAUUAUUGACCACAAGUUUGAUUUAGUAUUUAUCAUUAAAUGGAACAGAUUCAUAUUCGCUGAAAAAAGCAACGAUUGCUUACUCCCAAUUUUUAUAUUAAUAAAUAUUAAUAAAUCUGUAAUAAUAGUCCAGACAUUUGAAGGCACUGUAUGUUUAUUACACGUAUAGAUUUUCUAAGAGUCAUUUUUCAGUGAUCAUGAAACAAUUCUAUUGUUUUACAUCUGUAUCUUUCAAAUCUGUUGUAAUAUAACUAUAAUUCUACCUUUGAUUUAUCACGAUUUAUUAAAUGUACUUAACUA